GGAAGUAGCCUGAGGGCUCUGGGAGCUGCGGUAGCUGAGUGAGUUCACCUGUGCUUUGCUGGGGAGGAGUCGGGCAUAGAGUUCUGUCUACACAGCAGCUACCCCUGGAUUAGCAUCGAGAGUGAGAACUAGAUUUUCUGGCUGAGCUGGUUGUUUCUUUGUGGAAAAAUCUCAGUACGCAAAGAUGCCGUGGAUAUUACGUCAUUAGGAAUUCUUCAAAUACUUUAGAUUACCUGAUGCUGUUGCUGUUAAAACCAAAAUGGCUUUAAAUUCAGGGCCACCAGCAUUUGGACCAUACUAUGAAAACCAUGGUUAUCAACUGGAAAACUAUCCUCCAAGACAUCUUGUGAAUACUAAUGCUUAUGUACCUUACCCAGUUCCAUAUUGUGCUUCAGCAGUGCCACAAUACAUUCCAAGAGUUAUUACUGAUACUUCAACACCACCAGCUGUCCAUUUACAACCAAAAUCUUCAUCUGGGAUAGUGUUUACUUCAAAGGCCAAGAAAAUAAUAUGUGUUGCCAUUAGCAUUGGAAUAAUACUUAUUGGUGCUGUGAUUGCAACUAUCUUUCUUUGGAAGUUUGUGAAAACUACCUGCCCAAAUUCUGGAAUAGAAUGUGGAACUUCAGGAACUUGUAUCAAUCCAGCUAAUUGGUGUGAUGGAAUAUCACAUUGUCCAAGUGGGGAAGAUGAGAACCAUUGUGUUCGCCUCUAUGGACCAAAAUUUAUUCUUCAGGUUUACUCAUCUCACAACAAAUCCUGGUAUCCUGUAUGCCAUGAUGACUGGAAUGAUUUCUAUGGAAAAAUAGCAUGUAAAGAUAUGGGAUAUAACAUGAAUAGUUUUUACUCUAGUCAAGGAAUAACAGACAAUAGUGGCGCCACGAGCUACAUGAAGUUGAACCUGAGUGCUGGAAAUGUAGACUUAUAUGAAAAACUCUACACCAGUAAUGUUUGUUUCUCAAAAACAGUGGUAUCUCUCCGCUGCAUAGAAUGUGGCACAGUGAUAAAGGUGAACCAAUUAAACAGGAUUGUAGGUGGAACAAUUGCUGCUCCAGGGGAAUGGCCAUGGCAAGUUAGCCUUCAUGUCCAAGGUAUCCAUGUCUGUGGUGGUUCUAUUAUCACUCCUGAAUGGAUUGUAACAGCAGCUCAUUGUGUGGAAGAACCUCUUUCUAGUCCCCGGUAUUGGACAGCAUUUGCAGGACUUUUGAGGCAGUCUGUGAUGUUCUAUGGAAGUGGAUAUAAAGUGCAAAAAAUAAUUUCUCAUCCAAAUUAUGAUUCUAAAACCAAGAACAAUGAUGUUGCUCUUAUGAAGUUGCAAACACCACUAAUAUUUAACGAAAAAAUAAGACCAGUAUGUUUGCCUAACCCAGGAAUGAUGUUUGAACCUACUCAGUUAUGCUGGAUAUCAGGAUGGGGUGCAACUUAUGAAAAAGGUAAAACUUCAGACAUCUUGAAUGCAGUUAUGGUACCCAUAAUAGAAUCUUGGAGAUGUAAUAGCCGAUAUGUCUACAAUAACAUGAUCACCCCUGCCAUGAUUUGUGCUGGUUAUCUCAAAGGGAAAAUUGAUUCCUGUCAGGGUGACAGUGGGGGUCCUUUAGUCACUGAGAAAAAUUCAGUGUGGUGGUUGGUUGGUGAUACAAGCUGGGGAUCUGGAUGUGCCAAGGCAAACAGACCUGGAGUUUACGGAAACCUGACAGUAUUUACAGACUGGAUUUACCAACAAAUGCAGGCAAACAGGUGAUCUGUAUGUCUUCCAUCUUUGAAAAUGAUCAACAAGUUAACCAAGGAGUGGAUUUUCUGUACAUUAGAGUUAUGCACAGGUUCUUUGUUUUUUAUUAAAUAGUUGAUUCAGUUGUCCUUUUUAUUCUUCACAGUUCUGUGGUGGCUACAGUCAUUUUUUUUUUUCUGAUUUCUCACUCUAAACAUAAUGUACCUGAACUUUAAGUGUUACUUAUGUGUCUGAAAUGAAUGCCAAAUAUUUCUUAGAGUGUGGAGAUUUGUAAAUCAAACCAGAAUGGUUCAUUAGCUUAUGACUUAUGUUCAUAAUUGAUAAACUCACUGAUUGCACAGUAAUGUUCUCUAAUAAUCAAGAUUUUAUAUGACACAACAACAGUGACUGUUUAACUAAAGAUAUUGAUUAGAACUUCUUGGCUGCUAAUUGACUUGAAAUUGAACAUGAUUCAGGGGAAGCAGAUAAGCCUUCUCCAGUGAGAAUGUGAGAGUACCCCAGCAGUACAUUCAUAUGAAAGCCUGAUAACUUUCUCAGAGGUAUUUGUUAAUUUGCAGUUUUCUUUUUUUUUAGUAGCAUUGUACAGUGGCUAGAAGUGAAUGAUUAACUUAAUUGAGACACCUGGGGGAAAAUCAGGGAUAUUUUAUUUUAAUUAUAGUGUUUUUGUUUUGUUUUCCAUGUAUACCUCUCUGUUAAUAUGAUUUUACUUUUGAAGCUUUAAACUAUUACAUCAAUAUUUGGCUAUUUGGAAAUACUAUGUUGAUGAAAUUUGAUGACCAUAUAUCUGAAAUACUCUAGAUUUGAUUGAUUUAUGUUGGUAGAAUAUGUGACAUCAAUAUCUUCUGGGGUUUUCCAAAUAAAUUGUACUGCUUUUAAGAUGACAAAAAAAAUAAUUGGAGGGAUUGAGGAGAAGAGUCAUACUAAAACAAUAUUGAUAGAGUUGUGAAUCUUUACAGGUAUUUUUGAAAGUAAUUUAGAAUUAAAUCCCCAAACCUUUAAAGUAUGCAUUUUGUUUUUCCAGCAAUAACACUACUAGGUAGGCUUAUACACCAAAGAAGGAAGGAAUCUAUAGUGCAAAGGAGUUCAUAACAGCACUUUUUGUUUUAAGAAAGAGCUGAAAACUAUAGGUAACUAUCAGAUGAUUAAUGACUAAAUAAACUAUGAUUUAAAAAAUAAUGUAUCAGAAUAUUAUAAGUUAUGAAACUGAUUCAGAAAAAAGGGGGAGAUUCACUUUUAUGAACUGUUGCAGAGUGAGAUGAGAGAAUCAGUAGAAUGAUUUAUACAAAAACUAAAAAUUAGGAAGAAAAACUACUUUGAAAGAUUGGUCAUUGCAAUGAUCAGCCAUGAUCUCAGAAGAUAGAUGAUGAAACUUGCUUUCAUAGAGUUGAUGAGCUAUGGUGACGAUUAGACAUAUGUUUUUAGAAAUGAUCAUGUGUGUUUUUCUUGACCAUGUCACUGGAUAAAAGGAAAUUAAAAAAAAAAAAAAAAAAAAAACCUGAGAUGGGGAACACUGA